UUGUCCUUAAUAUAUGAAUGUUCAUGUGUAAAUGCAUAAAUGACGAGAAGCUUUUGGAAGUUGUUUCCAGCCCAGAGAAGCGUCCAACAAAAGGGAAAAGGAGGCUGCAACUGAGGUCCCUUCUUAAAAAAGGGUUAUCUCCCACUGCUGCUCUGGAGCUGCAAAAACUGAGGCACAUGGUUCAACUGGAGAGAAGCAGAGCUGAAAAGCUGGAGGAGGUUAAAAUGCUGGAAGAAGCAAACAAGGUCCUGAAAGAGGAUAAAGAGUUUUUGCUUCACCAAUUGAAACCAACCCAAGCUCCACAAAUGAAACGGAAGAAGCAAAGUGAGGAAGUGUCCUCUGAUGAUGAAUUAAGCUCUUCAUCAUUCCACUCAAGCUCUACCGAAGAAGAGGAGAUGCCAAAGAAAAAAAAGAAAAGGACCCAUUGCCGAAGGGAAGACGAUAGCCCACGGUUUGAGAAGAAUCGGACCCGCAUGAAUACCAUAGAGGGAGUAAUUCAUUGGUACAGGUCAGCUUUAAAGAGCUACAAGAGAUGUGGUUCAAUGAAACGGGCAUUCGCGCAUGAGAGAGUUGACCGCAAUACCAUCGCGCGAACCGCUCCCAUUGCCGAGAUUGCCAUCGCAUUUCCAGAUGCAUUUGCUGACGUACCUGAAUGGGAUGGGGCUGUUGAGAAGAUGGCCAGCUAUGCCGACCGUUGCAGAAAGGCAAUAAGUGAGGACAUGGCUGGAAAAAUUAAAGCAAUGAAGAACAAAGGCCAGCUUCUGCCAAUCGUUUAUAAAUACACCUGACUCUACAGUAGCAUCCAGUA